GUUCUGCCCGGAGCAAGAGGGUACCGUUGCGUAGGCUAGGCUAGCCUAUAAAGUAGCCUACACUUUUGCUGUUUCUGGUCACAGAAUACAUUUUCUGCUUUGGAUGAGAUUAUACUAUGAAUGAUCAUCCUGCAGAAGAGGUGAUGACACUUAAAGAUGACAAUGGCAAUGGAGAAGCUGCAUUAGAGCAGCCAUCUGUGACACCAGGUGCUGAGAAUCAUAAACAGGGAAAGUAUAAGAUCAAGCUUCCAAAAUUUAAAAAAGGACUCCGGACUCCCAAAGCUGCCAUCGAAACAGUGGAGAGCCCUUCACCAAUAGAUCAUUCUGCAGGAGAGGUGAUGACACUUAAAGAUGACAAUGGCAGUGGAGAAGCUGCAUUAGAGCAGCCAUCUGUGGCACCAGAUGCUGAGAAUCAUAAACAUGGAAAGUAUAAGAUCAAGCUUCCAAAAUUCAAAAAAGGACCCAGGACUACCAAAGCUGCCAUCGACACAGUGGAGUGCCCUUCACCAAAAGAGCUCUCUUUCGAGGAGAACAUAAAGGAGGGAUGUCUCAAGGAGGCUGGCCACCAACUGAUCACACGAGAGGAGUCUCUGUUCCAGCCGGGUGCAUGGCAGGAGGCAGUGGAGGGCAGGGAGAAAGAGGAGGAUGAACUACAGAAGGACUACGAGAGCCUCCUGGUCGAGGUGUGGUUGGCCAUCCAUAAAUCAUUUAGUGCCAAGCCUGGCGAGCUGGAGGCUCUGAGAUCAGCAGUGAGUGCAAUCAUGCAGGAGGAGAAGCAGGACCAGAGGUGGCAGGAGGAGGCCGGGGUGGAAGCCCCCGAGUGGAGGCCCCGGCAGUGCCGGCACACUCACGAUACCAUACUGAAGGUGAUGACAGAGAAGCGGAUGGAUUGCAUGGAGGACAUGGCCAUUGCAGAGAGGCUGUCCAGUUCCCUAAAGAAAGAGAUCUGCAAGAUGGGAAAACAGCUGCAUGCUGACCUAUUGAAGGUGGCGCAGGAUGUGAAGGUCUGCUACCCUACCGAAUUCAAUGUGUGCAACACUUAUGCCCGGCUUUACCACCAAGCUUUCUCCAGUCGGCUGGUCAAGAUGGCAGAGUUUGACCUUGACGUUGAAGACCUUAUUUAUCUCCUGUGCUGGGUUCAUAAUUACUACCCAAAUGAUGUUUUGAAGCACAAAGAGCUGGAAAAGGACAUUGACUGUGAAGCACUUGGGCCCCUGCUCCCUGAAGCAGUGGCCAGACCACUGGAGGAUAAAUAUCUCUCCAAAAAAGAGAGUCAGGUGGGGAUGUGGGUGUCCAGUGCCCUGAAGAAGGAGGAGGACAGCUGGCGCAGCAGCUUAUUAACCGAACUCAUAUUAGACUCAUAUUACUUCUCCCCCAUUGCCAUCGAUGUCAUACAGGUGGUGGAUGCGGCUGUGAAGGAAACCAAAACUAUUUUUGGUGAUUUGAGCAGGGCCCAGAGGAUCAUGUGUCAGUUGGAGAUCUUCUUGAUCAGAUACAAGAAAUCAUUAGAAGAAUUCUUGGAAGUAAAGCAUGUGAACACCAAUGCAGUAAUAAAGGCUAAUUUACCUAGCAUUGAACAAUUCAAGGAAUAUUUAGAAAAAAGCAAGGAUCUACUACCAGUGGAGACAUACAAAACAUGCCUAACAAUUCUAGAAGACAUGGAGAACGGUGCCUACGGACACUUCUUACAUAUUAUACACGCCAAACUUAAGGUACAAUACAAGCAACUGUGGACACAGGCCUGGCUUGAGGAGGGUAGCUGGCAGCUGGUGGAACUGCUUGAGAGCCACAUUUGGGACUACGGUGACCUGAAGCCCACCUGCCGCCAAGAGCUGGCCAGCCGGCUGCAUGUGCAGGUGAUAGUGGAGUACGUAACGCGGAUGAUGAAGGGGAAGGUGAAGUUGAAGGACAAGGAGCAACAGGAUGUGGCUGCAUCACUGCUGUGUGAAGACAGCAAGAAAAUCAAUAUAGUCUUUAUUGAAGCAGGGUCUAAAGAGACGUGGCUGCAGGAUAUCCUCCCUAACAUUGCAGAAGUGCUCAGGCUACAGGACCCUGGAUCCAUCCAGCUGGAGGUCAUCACACUGACCCAGCACUACCCUGACCUCAGUGACAAGCAUAUCUCCACCCUGUUGCGCCUCAAAAGCCUCCCCAACGUCGACAUAAAAAGGAUCAAAGAGAGCCUGGCAGUGAACCGGUCCUCGGGCACACCCGGAAACACCCACUCUUUCUUCUCUAGGGUGAAACUUCCCAAGUGGCCCACCAAGAUCUAGUAACCUCUAACCUCCACCUGAGGGAUCUGCUUUUUUUUUUUCACAUCAUUGUUGAGGUUAGGACCAGGUUGAAAUGGGCUGCCAGGUGCCAUGUCCUGCCAGAGCACUGGUUCAGUGAACCGACCCGUCCCAUGGUCUGGUCUGGUGCUGGAUCCUGACCAUGCCAGUGGGGACAGUGAGUGGCGCGUGGUGCAGAGAGGAGAGUUGGGAUAUGGAAACCCGGUACCAAUAUGGCACCAGUUCCCGUAUGACUGCUACCUGCCGGUCUGAAUCGCAACACAGAUUUCAGUGCCUCAUUUCGCUGCCACAAUGCAUCGCUAGAAAAUGUUGCACUCACUUUGUCUACUCAGUUAGUGACAGCAGGUACCAUUAGCAAACUAAAUAACUUUAAUCUCUGCCAAAAGAGAAAUGUUAUAAAUAAUAGGUAUAAAUCGGGCCACCUGUUUGUAUCCACUAUGUGACUCAGUCAAGCUACUAAAUGUACAAUUGAGUUUCUAAUUGAGACAUAAAACCAAUUAGUUUAUCUAAAAUGGGGACAGUCAGGAAGGGAAGUGAACACUGAUAGCAACAGAAUGAAGUCUACAGAAGCAUCUUAUUUGCUCAGUUCAAUCAAAUGUCUCCAAAGUCAUUAGACUUGGACACUGCUACAUCCCACAGCAAGACAAUGAUCCCAAAAAUACACCUGUGCACUUUCUUCUUAAUGUUGUUCCAAGCGGUUUAUUUUAGAAAGUCUGUUGUUUAGCCCAUGUCUAUGUCUUUUCUCAUUUCUCACCCUCAUAAUGGCUUCCUUGACUGUCAUUGGCAGAACUCUUCGCCAAGAACAGACUCCAAAGGGAAUCAAAUACCUAGAAUCAAGUCUAGAUCCUGAAAGCUUUCUCAUACUUGCACUAAGGAAGCAAUUGAAUAGACCUGACUACUCAGAAACAGCUGACAAGCCAACUGUCCAA